GAGAUGGUCGGAGCAGAUGGUGGGGUUGAGCGACAGCAUACGGAACAGCGUUCUGGGCAGGGAGCAACAAUGAGUCCAGGCUCGUCAGAGGCCGGCUCGGCGGUCAACAACAUGAACACAUCGGCUCCGGUCCAUCCGUUACUCUCCAUCGAUGUUGGGCAGGCCAGACAGGCGGCAGUGGCGAGGGCCAGAGAGCAGAGUGUCCGCUCGCGCGCAGCGUCGGGUGAAGAGUCCGCCAGAUCGCCGUCGACGGGAUCGGUCAUCAUCCGCAGAAGGUCGUCGCUGAGAGACUCGACCGAUGGGAGGAUCUCUGACAAGUCCAUCGACUCGGUUGAACCGGUCUCACACGGCUCGGUCGUCAUCCGAAAGCUCUCCCUGCGUGAGAAGGACAAAGCAAAGUCAAGCAUGGACCCUAAGCUGCUGUCGAGAAAGGGCAACCGUAAGCUGUCAGAUCCGCCGCGGUCGUCGUCCUCGCUCUCCGACUCAAACUCGCACCUUGGGAUCUCGCUCUCGCGCUCGCUCUCAGAGGCGCGUCUCCUGCUCAAGACUGCCCACGAGGACAGUCUCGCCGAUCUGCUGAAAAAGGGCAAAGGCAAGGGCAAAGGCAAGGGCAAAGGCAAGGGCAAAGGCAAGGGCAAAGGCAAGGGCAAAGGCAAGGGCAAGGGCAAGGGCAAGGGCAAGGGCAAGGGCAAGGGCAAGGGCAAGGGCAAGAAGAAAGGCAAAAGAAAGGGCAAGAAGGGCAAGGGCAAGGGCAAGAAGGAAAGGGCAAGAUGCCCCUGUCAGACGCCCAAGUUUGACGCCAUGACUGGUGCGCAGCUUGUGCACUCUUCAGGGGUAUCGUCGGAUGAGGCCUCGUUCGAGUCGUACUCGUCGUCGUCGUCGUCAUCAUCGUACUCGUCGUCAAGAUCCUCAGCCUCUUCCUCGUCCUCAACCUCAGCCACAUCCUCGUCUUUGGCUAUCUCCUACAACCCGUUCUCGUCGCCGGUCGAUGUGGCCGGCGCAAGCGACACGCACGGGACAUUUAAUCGGAUUUCGCCACAGUCGCCGGUGGUGCCGAUGACGCCGUCGCGCAUGACGUUUAUGGACGGCGAGGCGCAUGUGGCGUCGGACAGCCAGCCACUGCCGCACCGAGACAUGUCUGUGCAUGAGGCGCUGGUGCAAGUUGAGAAGCUCUGGACCGCGCUGCACGUCCCGCAGCCGGAGCGCGAGUACUACCGGGCGGCGUGGGCGGCCAAGGGCAAGAUUGGUAGGCAGUCCGGAGCCGCUGCCAUUGGCGCGCGGCUAAUGGUGUCGCUGCUCGAGGCCCACCGGGCGCGGACGCUCGAGACAGCCAAGGCAAUUGCGCGGGUGGACAAAGCGCUCAAGGGACUCUCCGGUGGCGACGAAUCGACCCGGCGGCUGGAGCAGAUCGCCAAGCGGGUCAAGGCCGCCAUGACGGCGGUCCGCGCCUGGCAGCAGGGACUCGGCCACGCGCCGCAUCCGUUCAUGUGGCGCGGGACAUCAUGGAUUGUUGCCAUCUCGCACACUCUCCUCCAGCUCCUCGCGCGCCACGACGGCGAUGUUCGGCUCGAGCCGCUGGUCGAGCUCCAGAACGACCUGCUUGUCCGCAUCGGCGGCGAGUCGGUCAUGCAGAUGUACGUCGACUCGGUCCACGUCUCGGGGCAUAUGAUGUUUACCUUUCACUCGCGGCUUACCUACAGUGUGGCGGAAGAUGCUGCUGCCGGCAACCUGUUCGAACCGCUCUCUGUGGUGGAAAUCGGGCCCAUGAACGCCGGCUCGCCUCCCUGCCAAGAGCUCACCAAGUCGUCGGCGUGGAUCAGCGAAGCGGGGCGCAGCGUUGGUGCUCAUGGCUCACCGGGCGCCAAGACCGGGCGGGGGCGCGGGCGUAGACGUGGUCAAGACAAAGUCGGGCCCGUUGCCACAGCCAACACGAAUGCCGGCGACGGCGGCGCGGCGAACAAGGAACUGAUUCCUGUUCAGCUCACGGCCGGCGGACCGGUGACGUACAUGACCCGCGAGGAGCAAGCGAAGUUUGAUGCUGGCGUGGCAAGUUCAAGUAGUGUAGAGCGAAGCGGAGCCGCUCCGCGACCGGUCCACGCGGCGCUGGAGCGCCCGCCGGUCCCCGGGCCGAUGAACCUGCCGCCGGUGGCAGCAGGCGAGGGCGGAGAGCUAGAGUCUGGCUCGGUCGAGUCCGAGGCCGACGAUGAGGUGCCAGGCGGUGGCUCGGGCCCGCGAUGGCGGUUAGGCAAGACCAACCGGAAAGUGGCACCCAUUGUCGAGUCGUCGCUGCCAAAAAUCUCGUCAUCGUCGUCGGUGGCGUCGGAGAUGUCCGGCGCCGGCUCGGGCGACGCCGACGACGCCGGCUCGGCCUCGGGUAACGCCAUCGAGCUGCGGAUUUUCUCACCACAAGGCUCGAUGCGGAAGCACAAAUUCAAGACUGCAUCAGGGCAGGUGCGACCAGCGCCAGCGCCAGCGCCAGCGCCGGCGUCAGCGCCCAAGGCUGUUCCCAAGACUGUGCCCAAGGCUGUGCCGGCGUCGGCGUCGGCGCACCCCGGCUCCGACUCGGGAUCUGACACUGAAGACGGCGACGGGGCUGACUACAGCCAGUCGCACACCAGCCUUGCGCGGUCCGACUCUGUCCUCCUCCCGCAGAACGUGACCUAUUGUCUCGUCCGGCGCGACGUCCGCGAGUCGGCCUCAAUCUUUGUCCACACCGCGGUCCAGCCGCCGGUCUCGACGUCGCUUGUCAGCGGCCAUCAGCUCCCGAUCCGAUUCGAGAUCGAACGGCAGGCCGUGCUCGUGCCGGAGCACUCGCUCACUCUCCCGGGUGUCUCUCCCUCUGCCGUUGGCUCACCAUCGGGUGACCACGACGACAGUUUUUCCAUGGGAUGA